UAACAGGUAGCUAGCAGCCCAGUGACCUAGUUUGUGGCCAGUUCCGGAUGCGGGAGCCGAUUUCAUCAUUUCCAUUCCUCAACCCCAAUACAGAGUGCUGACGCCGUCAGCAUGGUUCCACGUCACUGGUUGCUGCUGUUCGGGGGCCCGGUGCUGCUGUUGGUAGCGUUUGCCAGCCUGGCGCACGGGGCCGCCGUAAUGUCGGUGGACCUGGGCAGCGAGUGGAUGAAGGUCGGCGUGGUGUCACCGGGCGUCCCGAUGGAAAUUGCUCUCAACAAGGAGUCGAAACGGAAAACGCCGACAACGAUUGCGUUCCGGAACGGGGACCGCGUGUACGGUGAGGACGCGCAAACGUUGGGCGUUCGCUUCCCGCCCAACAGCUACAGCUAUUUGAUCGAUUUGCUGGGCAAAACGGUGGACAAUCCGAUGGUUGAGCUGUACAGAAAACGGUUCCCGUACUACGACAUCGUGGAAGAUCCGGUGCGCAAAACGGUCGUUUUCCGGACCGGCGAAGAGCAGUUCACGAUCGAAGAGCUGAUCGGGCAGCUGCUGCAGGUGUCCAAAGAGUACGCCGAGGACUCGACCGGCCAGACGAUCAGCGAGUGUGUGCUGAUAGUGCCCGGAUUUUUCGGUCAAGCCGAACGGACGGCCCUGGUGUCGGCGGCCCGGUUGGCCAACCUGAAGGUGCUGCAGCUGAUCAACGACUACACGGCCGUGGCGCUCAACUAUGGCAUCUUCCGGCGCAAGGAAAUCAACGAGACGGCACAAUACUUCCUGUUCUACGACAUGGGAGCGUACAAGACGUCGGCGGCCGUCGUAAGCUAUCAGCUGGUGAAGGAUAAGGCGACGCGUGAAACACACCCCGUCGUGCAGGUGCUGGGCGUGGGUUUCGACCGGACGCUCGGUGGACUGGAGAUGCAGGUCCGAUUGCGCGAUUUCCUCGGCCGGGAGUUCAACAAAGCGGGCAAAACGAAAACGGACGUGUUCACCAAUCCGCGAGCCAUGGCGAAGCUGUUCAAGGAAGCGGGCCGCCUGAAGAACGUGCUGAGUGCCAACACGGAGCACUACGCGCAGAUCGAGGGUCUGCUCGAUGAGCAAGACUUCCGGCUGUUGGUGACACGCGAACAGUUCGAGGAACUGUGCAAGGAUCUGUACGAGCGGGUGACGGCCCCACUGGACAAAGCGUUGGCCGGAGCGGGCCUGCAGCUGGAUUUGAUCAAUCAGGUCGUUCUGUUCGGAGGCAACACACGCGUCCCGAAGGUGCAGGACAUUCUGCGGGCCCACAUCGGGCAGGAGCUGGCGAAAAACAUCAACGCCGAUGAGGCCGCCUGCAUGGGGGCGGUUUACCGAGCGGCCGAUCUGGCCACCGGUUUCAAGGUGAAGAAAUUCAUCACGAAAGAUGCGGUCCUGUUCCCGAUCCAGGUCGUUUUCGAUCGGGAAGGGGAGAGCGGAGCCAUGCGCCAGGUUCGCCGGACACUGUUCGGGUCGAUGAACUCGUAUCCGCAGAAGAAGGUCAUCACCUUCAACAAGCACACGGACGAUUUCGAGUUCACGGUCCAGUACGCCGAGCUGGAGUCGGUGCUCGGAAAGGAUGGGGUCCUUGUGCUCGGACCGUCGGUGGAUUUGGCGCGCGUCCAGCUGAGCGAGGUGGCCAAACGGCUGAAAGCAAACACGGCCGACAAUGUAGAAUCGAAGGGCAUCAAGGCGCACUUUGUGCUCGACGAUUCAGGCAUCUUUUCGCUGGCCAACGUCGAGCUGGUGCUGGAGAAGACGGUCACCAAGGCUGACGGAGAGGGCGACGAGGACGAGAGCACGUUCCAGAAGAUCGGCAACACGAUCAGCAAACUGUUUUCGGGCGAUUCAACGGAUGGAUCGAAGGCAUCGGAGGCGAAGGCUACGGAAGAGGGCGAACGGGAGGAAGAGGCCGGCGGAGAGGAAGCGAAGGACGCCAAGGAGGGUGGCGAAAAGCAGUCACCGAAGCAGAAGGAAGAUGCUGAAGCCACGAAGGCCACCAAACCGGAAAGCAAUGGAACAUCGUCGGACGAGGCCGGAGCGACGGCGGCAAAGAAUGCUACGGUGAAGCCGAAGAUCGUGACCCUCAAGGAGACGAUUCCUUCGAAGGUUGAGCUUACCUUCGUACACCCGCUGGACGGUGACCAGUUCGAGUCGUCCGCCAAGAAGUUGAGCGCCCUUGAUGCGAUCGAUAAUGCCAAGAAGCGACGCGAGACGGCCCUGAACGCCUUGGAAAGCUUCGUGAUCGAUGCGCAGGUCAAACUGGACGAGGAGGAGUACGCGUCGUGCAGUACGCCGGACGAGAUCGAAACGAUUCGGAAGCGGUGCGCCGAGCUGUCGGAUUGGUUGUACGAGGACGGGACCGAUGCCGAUGCGGAAACGUACGAAACGAAGCUGGAGGAACUGAAGAGCGUAGCGAACGAGGUGUACGCGCGACACUGGGAGCACAACGAGCGCCCGGAGGCCCUGAAUGGCCUGAAGCGGAUGAUCAACGGUUCGGAGGCGUUCCUGCGCAACGCGAAGAACCUCACGAAGGAGGCCAACCCGGAGAAGGAUGUAUUCACGGCGGUGGAGAUCGAAACGCUCGAGAAAGCGAUCCGUGGAACGAUCGAGUGGCGGGACACGGAAGUGGCCGAACAAGCCAAACUGGCCCGCAACGCACCGGUUCGACUGACGGUGAAGGCCAUCGCGGAUCGGAUGGCGAUGCUCGAUCGCGAGGUGCAGUAUUUGGUGAACAAAUUGAAGCUGUGGCGACCGAAGGUGAAGCCGACGCCACCACCGAAACCGGAGAAGAAGCCGGUUGCCGGCGAGACGGACGAGGAGGGCACGAAGGAGCCAUCCAGUGCCGAGGAGCAGGUGGUCGAACAGACGCCGGAGAAGGACCUGUCGGAAGAAGAUGGUGGUGAGGGGUUGAAGGUGGAAGAGAUUGAUCCAACGGACACGCUCAAGAACGCCGAUGGCAGCGAUCACACGGAACUGUAGAACCGAGAGCACAAACUGGACAUUUGUUUCCUUCACCACCACCAUUAACGCCAAACUAGAGACACACACGGUAUCUCCGAAUCAUCAUCCCCUUUUCACCAUCCAUCCAAUUCAACGCGAUUUGUGGACGAGCUCCGUAUUUAUAUCUCCCCGUGGUCUCCCGUGUCCCCUCUUUGUUUUGUUUCCCUCCCAACCACCAUCUCAGACCAUUCCUUGAGUUAGAUUAGCAAAAACAAACAAUUCGCCGUGGCCUAGCAGCAGCAAAUCCGCACUGACGCACUUUCGGCUAACGGGCGGGCAUCGGUCCAGAAGCUGGAUCUCCGCCCGGUGAUAUGCAACGAUGAACUGAACAAAUGUGAGCUGAAUUCGAGCAUUCGCUGAGUGGAGGAGCUUGAGUCGAUUGUAAAAUGUAAUGGCGCAGAGCAGCAGCUAGAAGCAGCGAUUUUCGCCGCGCAAAUGAUGGACCAGUUUUGAGGAGAUCGAAUGAAACAGUUGAGCACAGGGAGCGAGCAAAUGGGUGGAAGUCGGACUUUAGCGUAAGCGACCUGAAAAAGAAACACGAAGAUCGUAGUAAAC